CGACCAUUCCUUACCCUUUCUCCGUCUAUGCUAAGUCGGGCACUUCAAAAGAAGCCCUUUGUUACUGGUUCUGCUAACUGGAACUCGGUCAGAAGGUCCUCAAAUGAUGCAAUUCUCAAAAUGCUGAGGCACUGCCAGGAAACAGAGAAGUCGCGUCCAAAACGAAAUCUAUACAGACUGCGAGCAUUCAGGAAGGCCAUCACAACAAUUGAAGGGAUGGACAAACCUAUAACGAGUGCUAACGAAAUUGCUAAAGUAGAGGGAAUUGGAAGAGGAAUUCGAAACCGUAUUCAAACUCUUCUCGAUACCGGGGACCUAGAAACGGCGGUCUCUGAAGACUCACAAAAACAACGACUUCGUGACGCGCUUGGGAAAGUCCCUUUUUUGGGCCCUACUACAAUUGCGCAGCUAAUUGAAGCAGGCUGCUCGUCGGUUUACGACAUACAACGUCCGAAAUUACUUGCACUUCUAAAACCAAAACAGAGAGUGGGCAUAAAGUAUCUCCAGCAACUUGCUUUACCUGUCAGUCUUGUCGAAGCGGAGAAGGUCAAGGAUUUCAUACAACAAACUAUUCCACCAGACUACCAGAUAUUAUUAUGCGGAACACACCGACGCGCACAUCCCUCACCGGAAUCAAUAACCUUACUCCUUAUCCACGCGUCCCAAGUCUACCUCCCACUCCCAGAACAACUCGGCCCCCCAGACCCGAACAACAUCAAAAUCCAAGGCCGUGGUACUACCUACUUUCGCGCGCGAAACGGAUACACCAAAAACGAAGAGCGUACACGAUCCUCACUCCUCCAACAUAUCAUGCCCAGACUCCAAGACAGAGGACUCAUUGCAGAUACGACCAAAGACCACAUGUGGAAAUGGACCGGAAUUGUACGAGUACCGGAACGUGGAGAUGCAGAUGAGGAUAUUGAGAUAUCUGCGGUGACGAAUAGAAAAAGGGCUAUUGAGGAAGUGAGAGGGAGAUUUGUAAGACUUGAGAUCAAUUUGGCCCCUCAAAAAUCGUUGGGUGCAGCUACGAUAGCGCUCACUGGAGACAACGAGUUCAUUCGGACAGUGCAACGGCAAGCAGCAAAAAUGGGGAUGCUUUUGAACGAGUUUGGUCUCUGGAAAUGGAUGCCUUAUAAUAACACUAGUGCUCCCGGCACAGCUACGGGAGUCGAGAGAGGAGGGUCAUGGAGACUCAUGCCGUCUGAUUCCGAAGAGGUAAUUUUUGCUGAACUCGGGAUGGAGUAUGUUCCUCCUGAGAAAAGAGGUUACCUGUACCUUGUGCAAAAGCAAAAGAGGAAGGGAUUGGCAUAGACCACA